AUGAUAAAGCGAACCUCUGAGAAACAAGACAAUGGCGAAAACCAGUUGAAGGUGUUGAAGGGAAAACUUUCUGAAUUGGAAAAAUCUAAUUCUGCAAUACUAAGUAAAUUGAAUGAAAGAGAUAGGUGUGCAAAUUCGGUGAUAAAGCCAACAACUGAUUUUAUCAGAACGUUGGCCAUAUUGAAAGACCAAAGCAGGAAUAGUAAAAGAGACCUCAAAACCUUAAACGAUACCCUAUCUAUUUUAAAUGAUAGAGUAAACGAACUAUCCACAACUGUCAACAGCCGUACACAAAGGAAAGAUCAAAAUGUGGAAAAUAAUCGAAGAACACAAAAGAAAAAUGUAUCAUCCACAACUAAUGAUAGAUCAGAAAAACAAGGAAUACAUUUAGCAGAAUCGAGAUGUGUCUCAUAUACUUGUGCGUCAGAAGUAAAUGAUUCUGAAAGUAAGGACAGCAACUUGAUGAGGAAAAUAGAUACAAAAGACCAACAUAAUGAGCAAAUACCGAAAACACAGAUCUUGACGAACAUUUCUAGAAAGACUUCGAUACCACCCAAGACUGAAGGAAAGCCAACAUUAAAAACAAAUACUUACGGAUUGAGAAGUAGAGCAGUGUCUUCCGACAUUGAUAAUCGUGUUCGUUUGAUGAAAGAUGAAGGCAUUGUUAAAGGUCAACCGAUGUCCAGACCAGCCCCGACAGCCUCCUCUGAUGCUAAUGAAGAAGAAAAGACAGUCAAAGAGAAUCUGCCAACGAGAGACAAUUUGAAGCUUAUUUCAGAUGAAGAACAGACAACAUCAAAGACAAAACAAGCGACAUAUCAUCCACUGGUUAUAAAGAACGAGUAUAAAAAUCUUGCGGGUUUAAACAAGGACCCAAACGCCGCUCCUGACAUCAGGGACCUAAGCAGUUGGAGAACUUUGGCUGAGACAGAGAGACAAAGGGGCCUAUCUUCGAAUUCGUUACCAGUUGGAAAGGGGCCUGAUACUUGUUUGUUGCUAGAUAUAUCUGGUAGUAUGGAAGGAGAAGUGUUUAAUGAGAUGAUGGCAGCAGUUAGAACGUUUAUUGAUGGUAUUGCAGGUGUUGCAGCAGUGCUGGGUAUAGAAGAGAAUAUUGGGAUCGCGACAUUUGGAGCUCAGACUAGAGUUGUACAGCAUAUGACAAAUGACUAUGACAGAGUAAUAAAAACUCUAGAUUUGUUGACGCCAUCCGGGCCUUCUCCAAUGGCAGCUGGUCUUUACAUGGCGUUGGCUUGCUGUCUAGGGCACGAUGGAAAUACGUCAAUGAAGAAUAUAAGGAUAAGAUCCAGGAUUAUUUUAUUCAGUGAUGGUAAAGGUACACCUGACACGAGAGCUUCUGGUGAAGACGACUUUAUCCCAGAAUCAAGUGUAUUGACACACAUGUGGAUAAACGAAACUGCAGCGGACUUGGAGAAGCGUAAAUUUCGAGUGUAUUCGGUGUCUUUGGUGAAUACAAUUCCGGACUUGAUGAUAGAAGUGUGUAAGAAGACACACGGCAAGAUGUACAAAUCUUCAGAAAUCCAUAAGCUAGUCAGGAUGACACAGAAUAUGACACAAGCUGUUGAAAUGAUUGAAAGAGGAGUUAAUUUUGAGGAAGAUGAUAUUUCCUGGAGGAAUAAAUUAGGACUGUCGGAUAACCCACUUUUGAAUCAUUUGGGUUUUAGCGAAGAUUGGGAGGAAAUCACCCAUUUGGGUAAAUUUCUCAGUGACCACGAACCUACGUCAAAUAUUCAUACAGAGUACAAAGACAGUAAUCUACCUCCCCUCGGUGCCAGGGUUAGAAGAGGCCCCGACUGGAGGUGGAAUGAUCAGGAUCAAGGAGGUCCGGGAACUGUAAUAGGGCAUGACGAACAUACCUCUGUUUGGGUUUUGUGGGAUUGUGGACACCGGAACAGCUAUAGAUGCCACCCACUCCUAGGUUACGACGUCUUGUUAGUGGACGAACCGCGGGUGUUGAAAGGAAGCCUAAUCGCUGUCGGCUGUUUAGUUGAGCGAGGUGAUAAUUGGAAGUAUGAAAACCAAGAUGGGGGAAUUGGAAGUGUUGGGGUUGUGAUUUACGUAUACGGAAAUGGAAUAGUUAUUGUCAGAUGGCCAAACAUGAAAAAAGGUCGAUACAAAUUUGGAUGUGAUGGAUUAUUUGAGAUUAAAUUAUGUGAUCCCUUAAAGGUAUACGGAAGUGUUGGUAAAUUAACGACUAACGUUCAGGCAAUCGAAGGUUCACUUGGAGGAGCGGAAGCUAUGUCCAUUAAAGAAACAUUUUCACCCAGUACGUCGGAUUCUAAACCUGCAAAUAGUAGAAAGGAGGAAGAAUAUCAGGUUCAUGGAACCAAAGAACAAAUGAAAGAAAAAGAUCAAAUCCCAUUUUCAGAUUGUGGUUUUGAUAUUAUCUGGGCAUACAAAAAGAAUGGAAGAUGGGUUGAUUUCCCCGAAGAUAUAAAUAAAAAAAUGGAAAAAGCAUAUGGUAGAAAUAUGCAUGGAUCUAUGAUACUGGAAGUCGAUGGAUAUGUAUGGAGAGCUUCCUUUUCCAACAUGAAGAUGGAAUGUCAGAAAACACAUAAUGUGACGGAAAUUUUAAGAAACGAAAUAAUUGAUUGAGGCAGAGAGGAAGGUGGUGGUGAUCAG